CUCCGCGCGAAGACGGCUCCGGCUCUGCAGGGAAAGAAAAGUAACUUCGCUUUUCUCAGAGGAACCAGGAAGGAUUAAGCAGCCUGGGAGAGGGCAGGAGCGCACAGAGGGUGGCAUGAUCGUGGACUGAGACGCGCUGGGGCAGAGACUAUGUGAUCGCCUCGGUGUCUGUGCAGAGGACUGCGCUUCGGGGAGGGAAGAGGAGGGAUCGCCUCAGUCAGUCGUUGGCGACUCGGCAGGCGGAGUUUCGCGGCGGCACCGGGGUUGCGCCCGCCCGCGGGGAGGUCGCUCCAUCCAGCCCCAGCAGCCGCGAGAGCCGGAGCGCCGGAGCGCAGGAGUCGCCGGGGGUGAGGGAGAGCGAGACCGAGCUCCGGGGCGCGAGGGAGCGGGCCGGGGAGUCCGGGAGCGGGAGAGCGGCGGCCGAGAGCGAGCCGAGCGCGCCCCCCGCCCGUCCCAGCGGCGCCGCGCCGGGCGGUGUCCAGACGGCAUGGAGAAGGACGGCCUGAGCCGCGCGGACCAGCAGUACGAAUGCGUGGCGGAGAUCGGGGAGGGCGCCUAUGGGAAGGUGUUCAAGGCCCGGGACCUGAAGAACGGAGGCCGGUUCGUGGCGCUGAAGCGCGUGCGGGUGCAGACAGGCGAGGAGGGCAUGCCGCUCUCCACCAUCCGCGAGGUGGCGGUGCUGAGGCACCUGGAGACCUUCGAGCACCCCAACGUGGUCAGGUUGUUUGAUGUAUGCACAGUGUCACGAACAGACAGAGAAACCAAACUAACAUUAGUGUUUGAACAUGUUGAUCAAGACCUGACCACUUAUUUGGAUAAAGUCCCAGAGCCUGGAGUGCCCACUGAAACCAUAAAGGAUAUGAUGUUUCAGCUUCUUCGAGGUCUGGACUUUCUUCAUUCUCACCGAGUAGUGCAUCGUGAUCUGAAACCACAGAACAUUCUGGUGACCAGCAGUGGACAAAUAAAACUGGCUGAUUUUGGCCUUGCCCGCAUCUACAGUUUUCAGAUGGCUCUUACCUCAGUGGUCGUCACGCUGUGGUACAGAGCUCCAGAAGUCUUGCUUCAGUCCAGCUACGCCACCCCUGUCGACCUCUGGAGUGUUGGCUGCAUAUUUGCAGAAAUGUUUCGUAGAAAGCCUCUUUUUCGUGGAAGUUCAGAUGUUGAUCAACUUGGAAAAAUCUUGGAUGUAAUUGGACUCCCAGGAGAAGAAGACUGGCCCAGAGAUGUUGCCCUUCCCAGACAGGCUUUUCACUCAAAAUCUCCUCAACCAAUUGAGAAGUUUGUAACAGAUAUUGAUGAGCAAGGCAAAGACCUACUCCUGAAGUGCCUAACCUUUAAUCCAGCCAAAAGAAUAUCUGCCUACAGUGCCCUGUCUCACCCCUACUUCCAUGACCUGGAGAGGUGCAAGGAGAAUCUGGAUUCCCAUCUGCCGCCCAGCCAGAACAGCUCAGAGAUGAAUACAGCCUGAGGCCCCGACCACCAUCUUGAGCUGAUCACCGGGAAAACACCCGCUGGGGGCUGAUGGGCCCCCCUGAGUAAGCCCUGCAGAGCCACUGAGGAUCACUGGCUGGGAACCUUCUAGUUGCCGUCGUCUGGACGGCUCUGCUUCUCCAUUGAAAGCGCCUAGUUUACUGUUUUGAAAUCAAUGCAAGAGCGAUUGCAGCUUUAUGUUCAUUUGUUUGUUUGUUUGUCUGUUUGUUUCAAGAACCUGGAAAAAUUCCAGAAGAAGAGAAGCUGCUGACCAAUUGUGCUGCCAUUUCAUUUUUCUAAUCUUGAAUGCUGCCAGUGUGGAGUGAGCAAUCCAGGCACAGCUGAGUUAUGAUGUAAUCUCUCUGCAGCUGCCCGAGCCUGCUUUGGUACUUUUGAGUGAGAGUGUGCACGCGCGUAUGCGUGCAUGCGUGCAUGUGUAUGUGUGUGUGUGAGAUUCUUGAUUUCUUAAAGUGUUACUUUGUGUAAACAAACAACAAUAAUUGAAUUUUAAAGACUCAAUCAAAGUGACCUAUAAAUAACAGGUGUCUAUUGACUAAAGGUGACUUACCAGAAUGGGCUUCUCAAAUUAGACAGUUGAGCCUAUGUCCUCAGAAUUUCUUUUAUGGCCAAAAACUGUAAAUUUGUUAGCAGUAAAAGCUUCACUAUCUAGAUGAAGUUUUAUACACACAAAAAAAGGAAAAAAAAUGCUAGUAUCUUUUAAGAGACCUGUUUUUUAAAGCAUACAUUCUAUUUACUCUUGACAAAAGCUGAAUUUACUCAUUAUAAGUCCAUUUUAACCUGUAUUAUAGGCUUUAUUAUUUCUUUGAAAAAUACCCUAUAAGCUUUUUCUUACUUGCUAUAGAUUUAGGGAGUGUACCUCAAAUAGGUAAAAUUGUCAAAAAAAAAAAAAAUUAGAGAAAGCCUUUAUUUCCUGAUUUGAAAUCUGUUUCCUUUUCGGGUUCUGUUGUUACUUUAUUUUGUUUUUUGAUUUUAGGAAUUUGUCAGAAACUGCCUCCUGUUUUGGUUCGGAGAAUAGUUUUCUCUGACAAGACACAGGAAUACCAUUUAAGUUUUCCCUAUUACACUGUACUUUUUCUACCAUGCACUGCCUUGUUUGCAGAGUUUCUAUCUUAUCUAUCCCCUAGGGCCUCUAUAUAUAUUACUACCAUUACAUAACUAGUAACAGAUUGUUUAAGCCGUUCCCAUGCACCUCCUGCUUGCUUUCUUUCAAUGAACCUUUUGUAAAUAGUUAGAUUCAGAUUGUGGCUUAUGGUUCCAAUUCUGCAGUCCUAAGAGGGUCUCAUAGGCUCUCACUCCAGUGCGAUCUUCCCACCGGCAUUCAUUGUUGUUCCGUAGGCAGUGGGUGGAGGAUUGGCUCUUCUCUAUCACCAGCACAUAGAUCGCUUUAAACUGUUACUUAGUGUUCUACAAUUUUUUAGAAGAUGUCAGUGUAGAAUCGAAGAGAAUGUCUUUAACUAUUGGUUUUUUUUUUUUAGAAAUACAUAUUUACUCUAUAAAGUGAUCUUUUCUGCAUCUCCCAGGCUGUGCUUGUUUCUAGUGCCUUGUGCAUACUCCCGCUCCCUGCAGAGCCAGCCUGACCUGGGCAUUGUGAACAGCUUUACUAUUUCUCUUGCCAUUUUCUCUACCAUUCUUUAUAUUUCAUGUCAUCUCUGUCUUAUAUGUGGUUAGUGCUCAGUUAGCUCAAGUAUCCCGAAGACACAGAGAUGAAGUAUCUUUUUGGAAGUUUAGCUAUCUUUGCUCUCUGACUCAUGUUUUGAGUGCAUGCAACAGAUAGGCUAUGUUUAGAAGUUAGGGUUGUCAAAGAAUGAACAUUGCUUCACUUAGUAGAAAAUGUUCCAUUUGAUGUUUAUAUAUUGUCUAGCCUUACUGAAUUCUUCACAGCUUAACAUUCAAUACUACCAUCUUGAACAGGAGAAAAAUUAGACUUUUCUCCUUGAAAAAUUUUGGGGUUGAGAAUUACUCUUUUUUAAUACAUAUAUUGUUUAAUUGUUUUCUGAUUCAGUAACUUGAAGAGCAGGAAAGUUGGUCUGAAGCUAGAAAUGAAUGAGAAGAUGGGCCACAAGAAUGUUUGGUGCUUUCUUCCUUGUUGACAACAUUGCUUAUGUUUUGUCAUCACCGUAAAUGCUUGAGAUAUAAUGAAUCCACAGCAGUUGGGGCAAUGCUUCUACUGGAAAAGGGAGUUCUGCCUUUCCUUUGAAGACAUUUUUUUGCUGGGCCCUAGAAAUUGAAUUUUAAAACUCACUGUACUGAUUCAUCAUCCGCUUUCUGGCUAGUAUCCAUGGUUAGAGUGAACAUAACUUGAGUUUCUACUUUUCUAAGGUUUUUCUAAGUUCUCUAGAAAAUGCAGCUGUUCUAAACUGGAAUUUUUCAGCAUUCUUGGGAAUUCUAAACAAGUAGAGAGAGCUCCACUUUAUUUCUAGCAUAUACUUUUGGUUCAUUUCUCGGUAGUGUUUAUGAAGAAAACUUAAAACCCAAACAUUUUGGCAUGAGAUGCAUUAGAUGCUUGGCAAAUUAUCCCCUGAGAGGCAGAAGGAGAGGAUAUCUCGGCCUCUCUGUCCCCAGAUCUCCAUCUGUGUAGUUCUUGCAGUUGAGUGAUUUCCCUCUUUUUUUUAUGUGUUUUACAUCUGGGCUCACCAGUUCUGAAAUCCAGAUGCCACAUGAGCCCCCUUGCAAGUGGGGGGCAGUUUAAAGCGUAUAGCAGCGUAGGAAUUUACUGGAUACAGCUUAUUCUUCUGUGACAUAUGGUUUCAAACGUCUUUGCCAAAAGCCAAGCAGUGGUUAGCUAAAAAGGUCAUACUGCCCCAGGGAUACACUGAAGCAGCUUAUAUCAGUAAAAAAUAUGGUGUCAGAUUCAAGACCACAUUUGAAUUCAUAUUUGAGGGCUGGUGCUAGAAUGUGCCUGAUAGUUUCUAUAUGAUAGUUGUUCUGGUGGCCCAGGCAUUGUGGGAACCAUAGUGCACGGUGGAGUUGUAACAAUCCCAUUUAAGAAUAAGAGAGAAACCUGUCCAUUUCAGCAUCAUAAGCUAUUCGUGUGGCAAAGGUAACAAGGCUCUAAUCUUAGAAACUUAAAAACACAAUCCCCAAGAGCGUGUCAGAACCCAGUGCAUUGGCACCUCCCACUUUGUCUCUCCUUGAAAGUAGGAUAGGAACCCAAGAAGCAGAGAACCUGUUUUAUACAAGAGCCUGGAGCCAUUUCAUCCCUCUAUAUUCUCAUGAUUUUUUCUCAGGAAUCACACACUAGGAAUGGUAUAUUUUCAUUUAGCACAAGGUGUCUUACUAAAAAUAGUUCAAAAUAUUUACCCAGGAAUAGCAUCUCAGCUGUUUUGAGUAGAAAUGAAAAUUUCAGAAUGCAUGAGAUGUUAGUGUCUUAAAGAAAAUGUUCACGUCUCAAUAGAAAUAUAUCAUUCUGACUCAAGAACACGGUACUAUCCAUCUCGGUGAGAAAAAAAACAAAAAAACAAAAAACUAAAUAGUACCAAAUAUUUUGAGUCUUAAAUUAUGUAUUUAAAUUGAGCUUUUAACUAUAUGCCUCUUAAGGUCAGUGAUGGCAGUCCUCAAGCCAUUAUGAAAAUUAAAAUCAUGUAAGCUUCCUAAUAUCAUAGACAUAUUAAAAUUGUUCUCUUCAAAGAGUCACUUCUUUUAAAUGACAACUUGGCUAGUUUUAUGAUCACAGCAGAGAGUGUCUCACAUUUACCAAAAGCACUUUUUUGCAUAGUCAGGUCUAGGAAAGAGUAAUAUUAAAAGUUAAUAAGGUUCUGUAAUUACUUAAUUGUGUUAGUACAAUGACUAUAGAAUAUUCACCUUGGAAAGAAAAUGUUGAGACAUUAUAAAUUCUUAGGUAUUGGCAGAAUUCAAAAGAAUGCAUGUUUUACAUUGUGACACAUAAAAACAGUGUCUUUAUUUUAAAAAAUAAAGAUGUUAACAUAAUUUCUAAAUCUUUAAAUGCAUAAAACAGUGGACAAUAGAUAGAGAAAAUUCUAGAGAAAAUGAAGGUAUUCAAAGAAGGAUAGUUUCAAAGUUAGACAUCUUUUGAAGGAUAAAUAGUUAUUAACAAAUAUAUUGUUAAGAAUUUCUAUUAAAGUCAUCCGGCAACUAUGAAGUUGGUAUGUUCCAAAACAUGUUUUAUGAAAAAGCCUUUCCAAGCAGUUACCAUUUCAAAGGGUGACAUGAGCAAACUAUCAUACUUCUUCAUAUUUCGUGGGAAGAAGCAGCCAUGUGAAGCUAACACUUGUUCUGCAAGCCUAAGAAUGUUCACUGUAAAAAAAAAAUAAAUAAAUUGUAAAAAAGCACAUAUUUCCUAUGCCACCAGGAUUUUUUGAAAACUGGUGAAACCCAAACCCUGGAUCAUGUGUACUUGAUACCUUCAGAUGUGUGAUUUGGAACAUAGCUACGUGUUCCUUCUCCACAGUGGAAAAACUUCUGCCUAUCAUACAGUAUAAGUCCCCAGAUAAUUAGUAGUGGUGUUUUCCUCAAAAGCUUAAGAAAAUAGCACUUUCAACUUUUAUUAAUGCAAUUUUCAAUUUAGUUUUGUUACAUACCUAUAUCUCUUGUACUUUUUCAGAGAAUAAACCAAAAUAUUCCUUUGGCCUUUUCUACUGCCUUUUGUAAACAACAGAAAUGUAGAAGGAGGAGGGGCUGAUUUUUAAAUGCUUUCUUUUUCCUCAGUUAGUUGUUCGUUUGUUUUAAUGACGUACAAAUCAGCUCUUCAAAAUGUUUUCUAUUUCUUAGCAUUCCCAGGGAGUUUAGAUAAAUGAAUGAACUUCCAUCAACAUAUUUAUGUUUCCUUGAUACCGGUGCUCUGGCUGUCAAGAAGAAAACAAGAGCCUUUUGAAAAUUAAUACAGGCUUUUUUCAAGCAUCUAUUUAAAUAUUGUUACAGCAGUCUGAAGGUUAUAUGGUAGGAAAGUGAGUUGAUUUUUCUUGGAAACGUCUAUUUUAAAAUUCACACUGUCCUAAGACAUGGGCUUUCUUGUUUUAUUCCAGUAUUUUCCACAAGGUGGCACUUUCAGGGGUGGGCGGGAGAGGGAAUCUGAGCAAGGCUAAAGAGGUACUUCUAAAGACUUCAUUCUAACUUUAUUUUUCUGCACAUAUUUUACUCUUGCUUAGCACAUGUUCGUCAGGAUGAUGAAUAGUGUUCAUAACAUUCUAUAACUUAGGUAUUUCAGUUGUUAGCUAGGUUCUGAAUGAUUAUCUGCAAGGAAGUUGUUCUUGAGAAUGGAUACUAUACCCAUUUUGAUCAUUUAAGUGUGUAAAGAGAGCCUAGUCAUCCAUUUUUUCAAGAAGCAUUUUUUCUCGAGGUAUCUAAUUACCUCACUUUUUCCAGGUGCAGAAGUUUCAAGAUGGACGGGCUUAUUAGCUAAAAGGCAACAUUCAUCUGUGAACAGGGUAGUUUUGUUAGGAAUGUAAAAGUCCUCCAGUGGUCUCAGCCAAAAUACCUAUGUCCGCUGUCUGCUGUUCUCAUAUUUCCUACCAUGAUGGCCUUUAGACGCUGAUUAAAAAUUGAAAUCCUCAUUUAAAGAUCAGAUGAGCAAAGAAGUAAAUAUUUAAGUGCACAAAACUAUUUUUUCUGAAGAAUUGCCAUGCUGAAAUAGAGCCUUUAAAUACUGAAAGACCUGGUAAUUUUUUUUUUUAAUUUAUGUAAUCACAAGUGUAAAUUCAUAAGAAAUUCUAAUUUUUUUAAAAAAUCCUGCCAAGUGUGUGACCAUAAUAACCUAGGAAUAUAUUUACAUAAAUCUUUAAUUUCUCCCCUGGUGAAUUUCCUUGGCAAUUUUAUAUAUAUCUGCACACACUCCUAUGUUUUAUUUCACAGGUCUGUUCAGAGACUCAUUAGCCCCCAGAUGAUUUUAGUUAAUUUUAGAAAUCAUUUUCCUCGAUAAGUGUCACAGGAAUUUAGGAGGGAGGAAAUUGUAUUUUUCAGAGUUUCUUUAGCACAGCAGAAGAGAAGGCAGUUUAUUCCUCCUGAGUGGCAGAAACUUGAUAGUGCCUGCCUAACUUUCCUGCAGAGGAGCUCACUAAUUCAUACUGAAUCCAAAUGGCGCACACACUAGGGGCUGUCAAAAGCUCUUCGGGAACCUAGCCUCGUCCCUCUGCUCAAAAUCCCACCGAAGUAGAUUCCAAUGUAAGCCCCUACAUGGAAGGCCGAAUUCCAACCUCGAGUCUGUUCCCAGUUGGGCCAUUCUGAACUCUAUUUGCUCGCGGUGAACACUUGACGCCCACCUGGAAACCCUCCGGGUGUGCAGCGCCGUCGCCCGCCCCUUUGGCCGUGGAGCGGCAGUGGGCGGGGCUAGCUGGGCCCCGCCCGCCGCUCGCCUGUUAGUGCCUGAAAUAGCGUACAGACCCCGAGGGCUGCUGUCCGAGGUCCAUGUGCCCUGCUGCUGUCUCAGAGGCACCUGUUCUGCAGUCUUAGGAAGUAGAAUGUCCCUAGAAGCAAACGGGUGUCUUCUGUGCAUAAGUAAGUACAACACAAUUCUUCGAAAGUUCGGGUAUAAAGAGAUGCUGGUCUGUAUGAAGCGUCUACCAGGCAUCUCUCAAGCUCUAAGCUCAGCUUUUUUUUUUUUUUUUUUUAAGAGAAAGAUGUAUAAUUACAGGAAAGAUUUUUUAUUUUUUUAUUUUCUAUCAUUCUACGUAUAUGAUGGCAAAAGAUAAUGCGUGGAAAAGGUUUUUUUUUUUUUUUGAAAAAUGUGUUUAUUUUCUGCUUAGGCAAAAGCUCCUCUUUUUUUUCUGAUUUCUUGUUUUUGUCGAAUAGUUAAAAGGUAUAUAAGCAAAUUAUCUCAUGUAGUAGGGGAUUUUCCUGUUUAGAGGAACCUUUUGUGUGAUUUGUUUUGUCAAGCAAAUAACCUCUCUUCUACACUAGGAGUUUGGACUGUCAAAUACAGGUUUCCUUAAAGGGGGCACACAACUGUACAUAUUACUAUAAAGAACUUUGACCAUAGCACUAAUGAGCAAGCACAGAGCCCCACGCAGUUCAUUUUAUUUCUAACAAGCGCUGUGAUUUCUGGCCAAAUUCUGUUGACAUGUUUAGGUUCGAUCCUGAAGAUACCUUUGUACCCUUACCUUGAAGGUUUCUACUCUUACUUGUUUUGAGAUGCAAUAAUAUGUAUUAGCUAGCAAUAUUUCUGUGAUCACCAGCAACUCCUAAUUUAACCUAGAAGUCUCUGAAUAAUGAAAAUAGAUCUCAGCAGUAAUACAUUUCUUCAACCACCACCCCUCCCCCCAAGUGCAUUAUAUACCUUGUCAUUUUGGUCCUAAGUUUGCAGCAAUGUAUACGUGAAUAUUGGAGUUCCUCACUUAACUUUGUAUGCAUGUGUUUUCCUAUGACCGGUAAUAAAUAUAUUAGUUAGUACAUGGAAUAAAUAGCAGCAACGACACCUAGAAUCAGCACUUAACAAGGUGAGGAAUUUCUAUUUCAAGUUGUUCUGCAUUUGCGUAAAUUAUUUCUAUUAUUAUUCAUGUAUGUUAUUUAUUUCUGAAUCACACUAGUCCUGUGAAAGCGCGCCUUAAAAGACAUGGCAUUAGGAUUUGCAUUUAAUGUUCAUUAUCAUGGUCUUGAUGGAGCUAAGUAAAUUAAAAUUAGACUAAGCCCCAAAAUAAGCUGCAUGCAUUUUAACAUGAAUAGUAGAACUUCAGUUUGUAGGUGUGAUAUUUUUGUAUCUAGGUGUUUUAUCAUGAUGCAAAGGAAUUCAAGCGAUGGACUUUGUAUCUUUUCUUUUGUCAAAUAUGCAUAUGGUAUAGUGUGAAAAUACAGCAAAAAUUAAAACUUCAAAUAGAAAAGCAUCAGAUACUGCCUUAACUUAGGAACUCUGCCAGAUGGCCAUCAGAGUAGAGGCCAGGCAGACAGGGGCCUGGGUGGUGCCUCCUCUUACCUGGCCUCGAGAAGCAGCUUUCCCCCCGCCAUCUAGUGCCCUCCUGGUAUCAUGUGCCUUAGUGAGAAUAGGUGGUCCUGUUUCAAGAACAGUGGGAGAGUUUUCUGUAGAAGCAAACUGUCAGCCUUGAGGCUUCCAGAAUGUGUCAGUUGGAGAAGUUCACGUUUCUGUGCUUCAAGCGCCUUGAUUUUGUACAGAAACAAUUCACUCUGGUUACAAAAGCAAGGACUGCAUGUCUGGUAGUCAGCAAUGGAUUUUAACCGGCAAUCCCCAGCACCUCAGAAGCAUGUUGCAUUUCUGGUAUUUUAGGUUUUGAUCUGAAGGUUCAUUGGCAAGUGUUUGGUGUAGAAGAACAACAGUAGGUGUUAAGAAAAGCACAGUAUCGGUUCCCGUAGAAAUUAGAACUAGAGGGUUUUAUAGGAUUAACAUGUCAGAAAUGUCUAAAUGCAUGUUUUCACUGUAGAAUGUAGUAGCCUAGUGUUUUUGCAUUCCCAUAGGGCCUAGUUAAAGCUUUUAUUCGAGGGUUUCAGCAAAGCUGUCAUACCCCGUAAGCUUUUUCUUUUGUUUUUCUUUUCUUUUUUUUUUUUUUUUUUUUUUUUGGACUUAGAAUUUUUUUUUUUUU